CUGUGGCUGUAGUCCACUUCCUGCUUCUCUGCUCGCGGAUCAGCUGCUGCAUCCACCCUUCUGCCUCCUCCAGCACAAUGUCACAUCAAACGGGCAUUCAAGCGGGGAACGAUGUAAAGGACAUGUUUUCCAGUGCCAGGAGUGGAGAGACAUAUCGCCUUGUGAAGAUUGUCAUUGAGGAUGAGCAGUUGACUUUAGGCACAUCUCGAAAGGCCUCCAAGUCGUGGGAGCAGGAGUACGAUGCUUUGGUGCUGCCCCUUCUGGAGGACGAUGUUCCCUGUUACAUCCUGUACCGUCUGGACUCCCAAAACAACCAGGGCUACGAGUGGAUCUUUCUGGCCUGGUCUCCGGAUCGUGCCUCGGUGCGACAUAAAAUGUUAUAUGCUGCUACUAGAGCUACACUGAAGAAGGAGUUCGGAGGAGGACACAUCAAGGAGGAGAUCUUUGGAACAGUAAAGGAUGACUUGAGUCUGAGCGGAUACAGGAAACACUUGACGUCUCAGGCGGCACCACUGCCCCUCACUGCCGCAGAGCAAGAGCUCCGACAGAUCAAGCUGAAUGAGGUGCAGACAGACGUUAGCGUGGAUACGAAGCAGCAGACUCUUCAGGGAGUGGCCUUCCCCAUUCACCAGGACGGAGUGGCUGCCCUCGAGAAGUUUAGAGACAAGAAAAUCAACUACUUACAACUGAAAAUCGACUUUGAACAGGAGCUCAUUAAACUGUGCAGCACUGAGCCCACGGAGCUAAAAGACCUGCCGUCCAGGAUCCCCAAAGACGCCGCGCGCUACCACUUCUUCAACUACAAACACUCACACGAAGGAGACUACCUGGAGUCCACAGUUUUCAUUUAUUCGAUGCCUGGAUAUAAGUGCAGCAUCAGAGAGAGGAUGCUCUACUCCAGCUGCAAAAACCCUUUGGUCGACAUGGUGGAGAACAGCCUCAAGAUUGAGAUCGAGAAAAAGUUGGAGAUCGAAAACGGAGACGAGCUGACCAGUGACUUCCUGUACGAGGAGGUGCACCCCAAACAGCACGCGCACAAGCAGGCCUUCGCCAAACCCAAGGGCCCCGCGGGCAAGAGGGGAGGCCGCCGAAUCACCAGGCCACCGGGAGAGGGCGACGAGGAGGACUGAAGCGCCAAACCUCACAGCAAGCACCAACGCCACCUCUACUCACCGCGGGACAGUCCUGUGACAAGGGGGGGACUCCUUUCCGUUUUUGAUUGAAUGAAGAGGUUGCGUUCACGUUCACAAUUUGAUGCCAAAAUCUCCGAUGGAGGGCAGGGGCCUGUUUAAAUGUAUCCGGAGGUGUCAGAUACAAAAACUGGAACCAUUUCGUUAGUUAGUCAUAGCAUUUAAGAAAUUCAGUAGUGCAUAACAGGAAGCUGAAACCUAGAAAUUGUCAUCAGCUGCUUUUAGUCAACAGUGCCAACUUUUUGCUUGUCGACUGGAAACAAAUUGAGGAAGAAAAAGAUUUUAUGCUAAAUAAAUUCACUAAACACUUUAUAAUUGGAUGCUAGUGGUGUACAGCUAAUUUAUUCUGAUCUCAAGAGCUGUUUAAACAAUAUAUCUGUACUGGGGCAAGGCAAAUUCUGCUCAAAUACACGGGGAGAAAAUUGAGGACAGACCCUUUCUAAAAUAACACAUUCUAUCAAUUCUCCGAAGCCCUCAAUCUCAGUUUCAACACAUGGGUCCAGUGUUUUGAAUGUCGCAACCUCACGUGAACGCAACCUUACGAGAAUUGAAUUGUGACCACCUCAAAAAUCCCCCCUAACUAUGCACGCCAAGGACAUAACUGAGCAAUGACUAAAAAAAACAUGCUAUUUUUUCCAUUUGUAGCUUGUCAAAUGGAGGUUUAUUCCAAACUUGUAAUCACAAUGGUCCAAAAAACACUUGCGGAUUGUAACUUGUUGCCAGCUAAAAAAGAAAAAAAAAAAAAAAAAGUGAACUUGCGCCAAUGUAUGACUCCCAAAUAUGAAGUUCACGUGCCCAAAACACCUCCCUAACUCCUGCAUUCCUAGUGUCAAAUCACAUGUCCUAUUGUACGUCUACUGUUGUUUUUGCACAAAUGCGGUGCUCCAAAAAGUCCACAAAACCCAUCGCCCACCCUCACUAGUGUCUAUAAUAAUGAUUAAUUUUAACAUUUUAUAUUGGAAAUUUACUUUUUUGAUAUAACUGUGGUUUACAUAAAGAGGAAAAACAUCUGCUGAUAUUAAACUUAUUUUUCUAUGCAAAGUGCUGUACUUGUACAUACUGUAGCUGUGUUGGGUUUGCUCUGGUGAUGUUUCGUUGAGGAUCUGACCAAGAACAAUGGGCUUCCACUAUAACAUCUCAUUAAUGUCCCUUUAAAGGUCCUAGAUUAUGCCUGUUGGCUAUUUCAAGUACGUUUUCAGCAUUUUGGCAUUCGUGGCAUUAUUUGUAGAGGGUAUACAUGGGGCAAUAUGUGACAAGAAAUUCACACACACAAAAGUAACUCUACUGAUUAAAUACAGCUUAUUAAAUAUUCAUUAUAAGUAAUAUUUGACAUUUACAUUCCAGAAAUGGUAAAUGGUCACAUUUUUCUACAGCGCUUUUCCACUUUCAAGGCACUCAAAACGCUUGAAGUAUUCAAAUAAAAUAUAGUUGCGCUUUCAUAGUCUCUUAAGUCUAUUCCAUUUUUGUUUGUGUUUGUUUUUACAGUUCCAAGUACAUACAUACAUUUUAUUUAUAUUCCACACUGUGAUUGGUUAAAUCCAACUGUCACUCACUCAGAGCUCGACAGAGGCUGACCCAACCAUGUGAAGAAACAAAGAAGAACUAAAUCACAUUAUGAAUUUCACAAAAAUAUUGUUACAAGAUCAUAAAAAUUUGCAGGAUGUGGGAUAUCACGUUUGGGUAAUUUUCCUCUCCAGAGCUCAAAUACUCAGCGUUAUUCUUAUGUGUGAAUGAAACAAAACACUACUUCAACAAAAAUGAUGCUAAAACCAAAUAAAUAAAAGAAUGAACCCUGCAGUGUAAUCUUUCAGACAAGGAUAUAACAUGGUGUUUGUGUUGAGGUCAGAGUCUCAGUUUAUUCACUUUCUGUGUGAUACUUGAACCUUCAUCAAGACAUUUACAAGCACGUGGUCGCACAUUUCUGCUGGAUUGCUAAAAAGAGUCUGAUAGUAUAUUAAAAAAUCUAUACAUUUUUGUCAAUAUUGCCCACCCCUUCUCCGCAUGUGUUUUUGAUCAGGAAACAUAACCUUGCUUAAAGUUAAAAAAGUUGAUAAUAAAGGAUUCGAGUAUAUUCUAGGACCUUUAAACUACAUCUAUAGGAAGCUUCUCCAUUGGUCCCAUGCAACAUUGGAGGCCAAACGUACUGAAAGGGAUCACUGUCAAUAAUAUGAAUCAAUUGUUGCCGCUAUCUCCUGUCUACUGAUUAAUAUUAGGCUCAAACUAAGCUCACCUCAUUGUAAAGGGAAAGGCGCCUUUACGCUCAUUGAUUCCAUUAUAACUGAGAACUGUUCAGUCUUAUUUGUUUUCUUACGAAUCAUUCUUUUAAAGAAUAAAAUAUUUAAAUCGA